AUGCCUGCAUCCAAGGUAUUGGUUGUUGGCUCCGGGGCUAUUGGCCUCCGAACAUCGCUGGAACUGUUGCGGAAAAAGGUUUCCGUGAUCCUUCGAUCUCCUCGUAGUCCCAUCGACACAUCAGUUUGUUCGCAAGGCGCCGGGGGAUUAUGGAUGCCGUUUCAUUGUGAUGAUCCUCGAACGGACCGAUGGGCCAAAGAAACACUCGAUGAGUUGUAUCCGAUUGGAAAAGAUGAUUCGAAGUCACUGGUGGAGCUCGUGCCCACACUUGCGUUGCAUCGCAAUAAUCAUGGUCCAACCACUCUAGAUUUCACAAGGAAUGAUUAUGCAUCUGGAACUGGAGGUGCUAGUCAGCUGCCGGCAUGGUCAACUGAUGCUCGUCUCCAAUUCCAACACAUGACAACUGAAAUGCUGUAUUGGCAAAAUUACAUCAAUCGUUUGAAAAUUCCCCCAGAACAGGAUAUCCUUGCCGCUGGAUACAGCUAUGCGUGGCUCUUUAAUCCUCCAAUUGUCGAUUGCCCCAAAAUGUUAGAGACCAUGCUUAAAGAAGUGGAAUCCAAAGGCGCCGAUGUGAACGUGGAGACAGGCAUGGAAUACGAGAGCUUGGAAGAAAUAGUGGAUGAUGCCAAGAGUUUGGGAUGCGAUGCCGUUGUAAAUUGCACUGGACUCGGAGCCAGGAAGCUGUGCAACGACCAAGAAAUGGUUGGAGCUCGCGGUAUUUUGCUUCAAUACGAUCGACAAGACUGCGUCCGAACAGAGGAUAUUGCAUUCCGAGAAGAUGGCAAGGAUACCAACAUCAUGGUUGAAGAAGGUCCGUGGGGGUCGGAAGAAAUGCCUUGUUACAUGAUUACGAGAGGGAACACGGUUGUUGUUGGUGGUAGCUACUUAGAAGGGGACACCGAACAGGAUAUUAGAGAUCAUGAACGCUUAAGGCUUUUGGAAAACGCUAGACUGAUGGGAAUAGAUACAGAGAAAUCUUCUCCAGUAGGCGAAUGGACUGGAUUUCGGCCUUUUCGACCUACCAGCCGUCUUGAAGUAGACGCGAAAUUUUCGAAUGAGGAUAUGCAAAUAGUUCACUCUUACGGUUAUGGAGGAAGUGGAUGGACAGUAUACGUCGGAGCUGCCAAAGAAGCUGCCAGACUUUUGCUAGAAUCAUAG